AUCGGGGUCUCAGAAAGGUCCUGGAUGUUGGGUGGGGGUGGACAGAGAGACCUUGGAGGGCUCAGGGCUCUCUACCACCUCAGUGGUUUCUUCCACAGGCCAGCACCACAGCGAUGCCUUUGCCCAGGUGAACCCCCUGAGGAAGGUGCCAGCCUUAAAGGAUGGGGAGUUCACCUUGGCUGAGAGUGUGGCCAUCCUGCUGUAUCUGAGCCGCAAGUACAAGGCCCCCGACCACUGGUACCCAGAGGACCUGCAGGCCCGUGCCCGCGUGGAUGAAUACUUGUCAUGGCAGCACACAGCCCUGCGGAGUAGCUGUACCCGGGCCAUGUGGCAGAAGGUGAGCCCCAGGGGACAGGGACCCCUCCCAGGAUGGUAAGUGAAAACAAAGUCAAAUUAGGAAGAAAUGAGGAGACAUUUCAAUAAAUGUUAACAUAGUUUCUGGGUCUGCAAGGAUUUCUAAGCCUAAGAACAAAGGAAGACUUAAAGAAGCGCCUAAUCGACUUUACCCAUACAAUGAAAUUUUGUCUAAGGAUAAAAAGGAUUACAUUUAAAACAAGCAAAAACCUGGGAAAGAUCUUGGCAAAGAUAUG